UUCAGUGGCUGCCCGGCCACCACGCCGGCACAACUACUUCGAUCGGUCGGCGCUGCUCCUCCACGCAUUGCGUCACGCAGCCGUCGCGAGCGGCUCGCUCGAGAGAGAAAGAGAGAAAGAACCCCCGUCGGCGGGUUCUCCGGAAGUCGGCCGACGCGCCGGCCGGGCGCGCAUGAACCGCGGCGCGGGCGCAAGCGGGCGCAAGCGGGGCGAGCGAGCGAGCACGGAGGGUGCACGGAGCGCCAAGCAGUGCGCUCACAAGGGUUGUUUCUGGCUGCAGGCGCGCCAGUGCAGCCGCCGGUAUACCGCCAGUCCGGCAGUCGCGCGGCUCGGCGAUGUCUCGGCUGAGCUGUGAGCUGAGCUGAGCGCGCACGAGGAGGAGGCUCGUGUCGCCGGCGCGGAGUCACCCUCUCGGCGCUCCUCCUUCUCUCAUCCUGCCCGACGCUCUUGCUGCCUGUCGCGGCGGCUCUUCGAGGGGUGAGACAGAACGACAAAGAUGCCAGCAGCUGGUGCGACCGUGCCGGCCGUUGCCGAAGGGGCCGGCCAAUUGGAGGACCUGGACGAGCCACCCGAGCCACGUGUUCGCGGUGGCAGCGGACGGACCGGCUUGAUGAAGCCCUUGGUGGUGUUGGCUCUGCCCGGGAUGUACCUCUUCUACAAGUACAGCCAGUACAGGCGGGAGCAACGUGAGCUCUCGCGCAGAAGAGUCACCGAGAGGGAGCUUCAGCAUCUCCAUCACAAAAUCGACAAGUUGUUGACGAAACUGGAGGAGAACGAGCCGGAGUUGGCAUCCUCGCAGGAGGACGAGUGCGUCAUAUGCGUAAACGCGAGGGCGACAAUGCAAACGGCGCCGUGCGGGCAUCGAGUGGUCUGCAGACGUUGCUUCGUCAAGACGAUACAAAUGGCGGUCUCUCAGAGGCUCUUGCCGCUGAGAUGCGUCAUAUGCAGAGCGAAGAUCCUUCGUCUGAAGCAGACCCUUAUUCCACGUGACUACUCGAUGUCGGGUAAAUCCUGGGUACUGCCGCAAAGCGCGUCCGAGUACAACAUGGGCACGGGCGUGACCGCCGGUGUGUCCGGUCCCGGCGGCAGGUGGGGAACCGGAAGCGUGCCAGCCUCUGCCUCUCUAUACUCGAUGGCCAGCGGCUCGUCCUCCAUAUCUGGGGUGUCUUCCGUCUCUUCGGCAACUUCCUCGUCCGCGAGUAGCACCGGAAGUUCCACGCUCGGCAAGCCCACGAGGGUACGGCAACCCACAGGCGCCACUCUCCGGCGUUCGCAGACGCAGUCGAUGAAAAUGCGGAUUCAGGAAUACCAGGACCCAGUUCAGCAAGUGAGCGAGGAGGAGGAGGUGAUGAGGGAAAACCGGGAGCGCCGAUUGCCGCCGAUCAAAGAGUUCCAGCGGGACUACCGCGCCGGCAAGGCGUCCACCAGAAUCAGAUGCGCUCAAAAGAUCGUGACGCAGCUGGAAUCGACGCCGAGCCCGAGGGGCACUUCCGGCGUCGUCAGCACGUCGACGUCCUCCUCGUCGUCGUGCGGUCGCGCCGCAUCCAAGAGGCCGGCGUCCGCGCCGAAGAUGUCGGUGGUCCAGGAGGUGCAGAAGUCGAAGAAGGAGAAGGAACGGGAGAAGGAGCGUGAGAAGGCGGAGAAGGCGCGACAGAAAGAGGAGGAGAAGGCGGAGAAGAGCAGGCAGAAGGAAGCGAAGAAGCUUGCGAAGGAGGAGAAGAAGCGUGCGAAGAAGGAAGCGAAAGCGCGGCGGAAGGAAGCGGAGGAAGCUCUUCUUAGGGACGACAAGUAGGGGGAUCCGAUCGCGCGCAGAUCUGGCGAAAUGGGUAUCGACAGUUUGAUCUGUGUGUGCGGUACAGGCCUGCCGAGGACUCGCCGAGUCCACGAUGACGACUGACGUAGACUUCCUCCGGUGUCCUGUACUCGCGUACAGAAGAGAGACCGAAAACGCGCGUUGGGCGCGACGAGUUACGGGGAAACAGUUGGCGCGAGAUUCGCGGGAGUAACGGGGUUCCGCGGGCAGAAAGAGAGAGAGAGAGAGAGAGAGAGAGAGAGAGAGAGAGAGAGAGAGAGUGUUCGUUUGAAGGCCUCUUGAAAAUUCCAGCUGCUAGCUACCGACUAAUAAAAAUGGCCUAGCACGAAGAAGCGGUUUCCCAAAGAGGCGAGCGCGUCGCGUGAUUACAAUGAUGAUUCUGUCGUUGUUGGGAAAUCCGCGACGAAUCAUCGGCUAUUCUCGUGGUCCGGUUGUGGCUUGAGAACAGAUUAUGGGUAGUCCUGAGACCAAAAGCGCGACGCAACGAGCAAUCGUCGCGAGCGCGCACCGUGACUCGUCCCGGACCGACCGUCGUCUUCGGACCGUCUUCGGAGGCUCGAGCGGGAGAGUGUAGUGGAAGGUAAAACAGUAUACCUAAGAAAAUUCUAGAAGCGGCCAAACUUUAGUAACCCGUCAUAUCGAGUUAUCGCGGACUAAUACUAUUAUCGAUAGGGCAACUCGAGCUAUAGCGCUGUUAAUCUAGAACCCGAGCGAAUUGUUCCGACCUUACUCACAUCCCCUCGUCUCAUCGUCGCGAUUUCCCCUUUAUUCUCUUCCCCUCCCCCCUCCCCCGCACCACCACCACCAUUCCGAGCACCCUGCGCACCCUCGUCGACUUUUGUCUGUGCUGACGACAGCAGCUCACCCGCGUGUGUCACAUCCCCAUGAGAUUUUUUAUUCGGUUCAAGCUGCUAAAACACGUACACGCUCGUACGUACAUUUUAGGAUUAAUAAAACCGACGCGCAAAUGUGAUCUCUCUAUCGGUUACACGGAAAACCAUCGCGGAGUAUACUCGACCUGAUUCAUCGACGCGACGGGCAUCUUCACCGCGACGUUUAAUCGCCGACCGCCAAUUCGAGAUAAUCGAUAAUCCCGUUCCUCCAGUCAAUUUAAACUAGCCAUCGUGUCCUCGACAUUGGAAAGAAAAACACUCGACUCUCGGUCCUUUCGUCCCAUCCCUACAUCUCACCCCCGACAUCUCAUCUCAGCUCAUUGCAGAAUCACGCGGGGCAGGACGCUCGCGAGAUAAAAAAUACAAUUUGUCAACCUCGUCGGAGUGGCGCAGAGAGAGAGAGAGAGAGAGGGAGUAGCGGGAAGAAAUUUAUUCUAAUCUCAGAGAGACGCGGGAGAGAGAAUCGUUCGUACGGGAGGCCACCCCUCGUCCCCCGGAUGACUCAACGUGGGAAAUCUGACGGGUCGGCGGCGUUCUCUCGCUCUUUGAGAUUCUUCCGAUGAAUCGAGGAGAAGAUAAAAAGUAGACGCGAGCGUGUUACCCCGCUCCCCCUGUGUCGCCCAUUCCGCGUUAGAUACUCCCACACCUGUCGUACGUUGUAAAUACACUCCACAGAGGAUUUCGCAAGCGAGCUCGCGAAAGACUUUCAUGCCGCGCGAACAGAAUCGUACGUCGCGUACGAGGGUAGCCUAAUAAGAUCGAUUUGUUAAAACGCGAGAGAGUAUAGCUAAUAUAUAACGAGAUAGUCUUAUAUAUGUAUAGUACAAUAUACAUUUAUAAAAAUAUAUAUAUAUAUAUACAUACAUACAUACAUACAUAUACAUAUUAUAAAUAGAGAGAGACAGAGCCGAUUUUUGAAACACAGCGCGUGUCUCGUUACUGUUUGUGAAUUCGUAGGCUCAUAGAAGAAACUCUUGUUAUUGAUUACCUUCGGUUCGACCUUUCUUCUCGCUCGGCAAUCCGCGAGUGACUACUACUGCUGCUACUACUACUUCUAUUAAUACUACCUAACGAAUCAAGCAAUUGAUUAUGAAUCGCUAUAUUCUACAACGUUCAGUAGAUUCCUCGUGAUGGAUUUAAAGAAAAAAAGAAAAGAAGAAAACAGAAAAAGAAAAAUACGCAAAGUUACAUGAGAGUUACGCGCUGACUUUAACUUUAACUUUAAACGACGAAAACCCCCUGUAUGUGUGUGUGUGUGUGUGCGCGUGUGUGUGUGUGUGUGUGUGUUUGUGCGUGUGUGUGUGUGUGUGUGUGUGCGUGCGCGCGCGCGUGAGUGUGUCACCAAGGCACACGCGUGUACACGCACGCGAUACGCGAACGAUUCUUCGAGGAUUCUUAAAAUUUCGCCCCUGAUCUCGAUUGUCUAUCGCCUUGCGAGUCUCCCGUAAAAAGCAGCCGAAAAUCAAAAGCAAUUUUUUACGAAAUCUGCGUAUGUCCAGAUUAACUGCAAGUCUCGAUAUCAAAAGGAUCGAUGAGCACGAGAGGUGGCGACGUCAGAGGAUCUCUAACGAUCCGGACGGGCGACCUCUCGUCGACGGGAAAUUCAGUGUUACUUUAUCGCCGUUUUAAUGUAGCAUUGACGGUUUAAUAAUAAUGACAAUACUUCUUUUGUAAACUGAAAAAGAGCGCGAGGCUUUCGUGAAACCUUUCGAAAGUCACGAACUAUUACGAGCUGUCACAUUAUGAUAGCGGGGACGGAUGAGAAAGUCUCAAAUGCCAUUUCUUAUUCCUUGGUUAUUCACUCUCUCGUGGGAUCGAGCUCGAUGCGCAGUUUUUAACGCAAACGACGAUAAAAGUAUCGAACAUCGGACGGUCUUUUAAUAAGUUGAUUCAAUAAGUUGACUCACCGCCGUGUGAGGCACGCGCCAAGUACGAUAAUCGUACUGUGAAUCACGAACCAUAUCUGUGCGCGUGCAUACAAUUUUGUCUCUGAAAGAAGUUACGGUUGACUUCAGGAUCAAGCUUAAAAUGCUUAAAGUCGUCGAAAAUUAGCCAAAAUAAUCGGUUUAUCUCGAUCGAUGAAUAAUUCCUACUUUCAAUUUCCAUCAAAUGCCGUAGAAACAAAUACGCCUCUAUGACCGAACCAAUUUUUCGAACUAUCGCUGCAAAGAUGUCUCAGCUGCGGAAUAAAUAAGUUAUCACUCCUUAGUUGCAAAUCUCUGUAUAUAAUCAUUUAUUCAGCGUGAUGCUGACGUUGAAAUUACACUGUUAUGGUUCGUCGAUUUAGAAAUCAUGUAUACGUAAUGGGAGUAGGGAAUCAGCGUUGCCCAAGAAACGACAGCGGCGAUAUUCGUGAAGAAAUUGGACGGCGAUUUUAAUUGUAUGUUAAAAGCGACCGCGCGCACAUAUCAAUAGUAAUUAGUCGAUUUUAAUUAGCGUCCUCGUUUGAGCCGCGUUGCACCGCUCGCUGAGACGACCCAAUUUUCGUCUCUCUUUCUCUUUCUCUCUCUCUCUCUCUCUCUCCCUCACGCACGCCGCGCGCGCGAUGCAAACGCCGGCGGAGCUAAAGUAAUUGCACGACACAAUCACGAGCGACAAUGAGGCUAAUUCGACGACGCUAUAUGAAUUAGCGUGUAACGUUAACCGUCAAUUAUCACGCCCGUUGCAUCGAUCCCAACUGUGACGAGCCCGUGCGACUCGCACAGCGCACUCAAUAAUCAAAAUGAGCGCAUGAGCCAUGUCUUCGACCUUCGAGCGGUCCUCUAGACAACUCGACGUGAUGAAAGUGAGGAUGAUUGCGACGGACGAUUGCGAAAAGAAUCGCGAGGAUGGGAGAGAGGCAGUGUCCAAUUAAAUUCAAUAGGAAGAUCCCUCCUAUCGACAAAAUGAACGGACAAAAGAUGAAAAACAUCUUCUUGAGGAUUCGAUCGAGUCCUUAAGCGCGACAUCCGCUCAAGAGGGUAUAGGAAUAUUAAUUUUCAAGCCAGAUUGCCGCAGAGAUUGUCGAGGACCGGUCGUCGCGAGAAAUCAUUCAACAUUUUAGGAUUUAGGAGAUUUUUCUCACAACACGGCUCACGCCCUCUGUACGCGAGGGCGAGACUUUCUCGAAUCCCGAGACGAGAGCGAAGGAGGAGCUGUGUGUAACGAGCGCGAGCGUAACAGAGCGCCUGUCCAGAGGAGGCGAGAGUGUGCUGCGAAAAAAAAGCGCCGCGACGGCGAGCGUCGCUUCUCGUCACCGUCGUUAAGUCAAUUUUAUCGAGCACCACCGUCGAACACCGUCGCCGCGGAUGUUGCGAGCGUUUCGCGAGCGAUGAUGGUUGCGGCGCGCGAGUGUUCGUCCACUCGUCGACCUCCGUCGCCGUACGUACCUUCGUGUACGUACGGCGACGACGGCUGGCUGAGCUUCGCGCGGUCGGCAAAAAUCGAUCCGAUUCGACCUCUCAGAGUCACGCCAACAGGAAAUGUCUACGUCCGCGACAAGAUUGCAUUGGGAUAAAACACGCGGAGAAACAUUCGCGAGAAUCUGCUUGGGACGAAGCUCGCGCGAGGGUGAGACCGCGGGGUCGUCUCCUCCGACGUAACCGAUUCGCUGAACCUCUCGCGUGAUGAAUUCUCUCAACGGUCGUGGAAUUUGACAGGCGCGAGUGAUAUGAUGGUACUGCGAUGAGAUCGAUUUCAUUGAUCUCAUAAUGAGUAGUUGAGCAAUAAACGACGCAUUUGACGCGCGCACUGAAGAAGCGGCGAGGUCUGUUCUUUUACUUUUUUGCUUCGCAUUGCUUGACUCGAUGCCAUGCUUGGAAAAGUGCGGUCGUACGCGUGAAUCACGCGCGAACAUGAAAAUUCAGGGCCCUGCCCUGAAACACAACCGAGCUGCAAGGCAAGCCGCAAAUUUCAACCGAUGCUUAAUGGGACACACGUGCGCCGAGGUCAUAUUUGAUCUCAUCGCAGUGGCUGAGGGUCGAUAUCGGAGAGGCGAAAGGAAACCGGUGAAGAGGAGAAAGUAGCGUAAUCGUUGGCAAUAAUCUUCGAUCUAAGAAGGAUAACAAAAGAAGGUGUGCGCAGAAGAAGGGACGAGGAGGGGUGGGUGACGAUUGUAUCUCGUCUGCGUGCGAUAGUACGAAAGUACGCGUAUAUCACGGUUAGACGUAUAACGAGAAGGAACGACUUUAUUGUACUUUAUUAUAUAUACAUAUAUCUAUAAGGCAAAAUUUGUAGACACAGUUUAUAAUUAGAUCGACAUCGGCACGGCGAUCCUCGUCCCGCAGGAAGGACGAGGCCCGGGUGUGCUCGACUCGAGUUUCAGCGUAAUGCUCGCGUAACGACUUAACGAAAAAUCCCAUGUUGUACCCUUUUAACAGGCGAUAUCGAGAAGUUUUUGCGUUAACUGAGAUUAGACGAGCGAGUUAAACGUUGCCUUCCGUUCGAGAGCUGGUGGUGCCGUUUUUUUUUUU